CCUAUAUCCAUAUUAGGAUAAAUCCAGUGUUGUUUUGACAGCAGUUGUGAAAUGUUUUUCUAUCGUCCAUUUGACUGAAAACCCUUAUGUAAAAGAGACUGUGCAGUCUUCGUUCUUCCUUCCUUCGGAUUUCAAACGCCUAAAGAACAAAUGUUGCGCUUGUUUAGAGGUCACACUUGGGAGAGUUGGGAAUGGGAUCCGGACAGUAAAUCUCCUGAUGCUCAUCUGUCUCUAUGCCGACAGGCCGUGUAUUUUCAUGUCGGCCCUAUGCUGGACAGUCAAGGUACCGCAGGGGUCAGAGGCAGCAAAGGUUUCACUUAUGGUGAGCAUUACUGGGAGAUUGAGUUCCUUGAGCCUCCAUAUGGAAGCUCUGUGAUGGUGGGGGUUGGUACCCAAAAUGCACUGCUUCACACAGGGGACCAAAGGUACAUUAACCUAAUAGGCUUCGACAGUGAAAGUUGGGGUCUAUCAUACAAAGGCUUCAUCUGGCAUAAUGGAAGGAGUCAAAAAUACACAGAGCCUUUUUAUGAAAGAAAUACAGUCAUUGGAAUUCUGCUGGACUUGAGCGCUGGAACGCUGACGUUCUUCCGAAAUGGAGUGAACCUUGGGGUGGCAUUCACUGGCCUUGAGCAGGUCAGCAAGGCUCUGUUUCCUCUGGUGAGCUCUACUGCCCCCGAAACUGAGCUUCAGCUGGGUUUGAGAAGCCAGAGAAUCUCCUCCCUACAGGAACAGUGCAUACACAUCAUCACACAGUCCCUAUCACACUGUAAACACGCACACAAAUUACCAUUACCCACACCUCUGCUCUGUCAAAUACACUCACAUGCACAUUUAUAAGCAGGGCAUGACCUGUUUCUGAUUCAAUUAGAACAUGACAACCUCAAAUAAUAACACAAUUCUGUCCAGUACAAGAUUCAUUUUAUAUGCAGCCUACCUCAAAAAAUAGAUUUUUUUUUUUAAUAAUUACAUUGAAAUAUAUAAUCAUAUGGAAUUAUUUAAAAUGUAUAUGUAUAAUCAUCCUGUCUUUCUGUAUCUGUAUUCUUAAUUUAUAUGACAUUUCUGUACUUUCUAGAAUCUAGAUGGUUAUUGGCAAUGUCUGAGUUCCCAAAUAUUAUAUAACUGUAUUUAAAUGUAUUUAUUAUCAGUUUACUAUACUCCCAGGGAAGUUAGGCCUAUUACUUUGACAAAAUAUGUAAAAGGCAAUUAAAUGCUUGCUUUUUUCUGUCUUUA